AUGACCCGUUCGGCUUCCUGGCUUCGGCCGCUGCCGCCGCCAACCCGUGCCCGCCAGCGUCGAGCCGGGGUCCCGAGGAGCCGUUGCGGGGUUCGGGCCGAGGCCCACUUGUGUGGAGGUCGUCGUCACCGCUGCCUGCCGCUCGCCCGUCCGUCCUUCCUCCCGGCCGCCAUCAUGCUGGCUCUCAUCUCCCGCCUGCUGGACUGGUUCCGCUCGCUCUUCUGGAAGGAGGAGAUGGAGCUGACGCUCGUAGGGCUGCAGUACUCGGGCAAGACCACCUUCGUCAAUGUCAUUGCGUCAGGUCAAUUCAGUGAAGAUAUGAUACCUACAGUGGGCUUCAACAUGAGAAAAGUAACUAAAGGUAACGUCACAAUAAAGAUUUGGGACAUAGGAGGACAACCCCGCUUCCGGAGCAUGUGGGAAAAAUGCUAUCAUUUUAUGUUUCUGUAAAGCUACAUGAUAGAUGCUGCAGAUCGUGAAAAGAUAGAAGCCUCUCGAAAUGAACUACAUAAUCUUCUAGAUAAGCCACAGUUACAAGGAAUUCCAGUGCUAGUGCUUGGAAACAAGAGAGAUCUUCCUAAUGCCUUGGAUGAGAAACAGCUAAUUGAAAAAAUGAAUCUGUCUGCUAUUCAGGAUAGAGAAAUUUGCUGCUAUUCAAUUUCUUGCAAAGAAAAGGAUAAUAUAGAUAUCACACUUCAGUGGCUUAUUCAACAUUCAAAAUCUAGAAGAAGCUGA